CGCUCGGGGGAGGCGGACGCCGGGCUGAGGAGCCGAGCUGGGGGCUGUUCCUGCGGCGCCGUGCGAGCUCCCGGCUCGCCUCCGCAGCCCCGAGCGCUGCCCCGCGGCCUGGGCCGCCCCAGCCGGGGAAGGAGGUGCGGGCCGCGGCCGCUCUUCUCCUUCCGGGCGAAGCAGGGCGGGCAGGGGCGGAGCCAAGAUGGCGGCGGGGUGGCUGUGCCGGCGGCUCUGUCAGGGAUCAGCUUUUCCUGUCAGUUAUGCAAGCAGAAUUAUGCAAAAGCAGUAUUUUCUUCCGAGCUCCAACUUGAUGGGAGCACGGCUGGCUGGAUCCCAUGGUGAUACACAGGAGCCUAAGACUAAUCCUUUGGUAUCUAUUUCAGAUGAGCCAGAAACACUGUACAAGAGAUUGUCCAUUUUAGUUAAAGGCCACGAUAAAGCUGUGUUGGACAGCUAUGAAUAUUUUGCAGUGCUUGCAGCUAAAGAACUUGGCAUCUCUGUUGAAAAAGUAGAUAAACCCCCAAAGACGAUAGAACGAUUUACACUUCUCAAAUCUGUACACAUUUACAAGAAGCACAGAGUUCAGUAUGAAAUGAGAACACAUUACAUGUGUUUAGAGUUAAAAUACCUAACAAGCAGUACUGCUGCAGUUUACUUGGAGUACGUGCAACGAAACUUACCUGAAGGGGUUGCCAUGGAAGUGAAAAAGACUAAGAUAGAGAAAAUACCAGAACACAUUCAGAAACCUGUUUGGGAUACACUGCCUCAAGUAGAAGAAACUGAAGUAAAGUCAUGAACACACCAGGUACUUGGCUCCAUUAGUACUGAAAUUCAUUGUGCCUGUCAACCUCAUUGACUGAGACAGUCCAUUGUUAAAUAAAGGUUCUCUUAUAAAAACUUGUUUCAUCAAGUUAUUUUUGCUCAUAACUCCAGUACAUGUAGACUGAACUGCUAUAAAAUGAAGAAGUUUUACUGUGUUCUGUGAUUGGUGACUGUGCUAAUUUAUAAUAAGUUUGUAGAAAGGUAAAGUUUAUUGUUACUUAUAUAUGUAAAAGUAUGUGUAUAUAUACAUAAAUAUAAAUUCACCAUCUCAUUUUGAUACUACAUGGCUUCUGAAUGCUGAAAUUCUUGCAAAUCCACUUCAUGUUUGUGUCAUGUUUAAUAUUAUGGAUGCCAGACUGUUAUCAAUUUAUCAAUUUUGGAUAAACUAGUUUGUUGGAUAAACUAUUUCCCAUCUUCUUUUCUCCUACUUAUACCACAUUUCUCCAUUUUUGCUUCCUGCCACAUUUCUUAGCGAGUGCCAACAGCAACACUCCAUUUGUCAACCUAUGACACCAUUGCUUUAGGUUUUGUCUCAAGUAAUCUUCCUUCCUACUGACCAACUCCUCUGAUUUUUCAGUCAGAAAAUUUGUGGUUGCAAUAAAUACCCCAUGCUUCAUACUA